GUGGACAAGGACUCGGUGCUGUGGCAGGAUAUGAAGGAGACCAACACGGAGUACAUCCUGCUCAACCUAACCUUCCCCGACAACUUCCCCUUCUCGCCGCCCUUCAUGAGGGUGCUCAGCCCCCGGCUGGAGAACGGCUACGUCCUCGACGGCGGAGCCAUCUGCAUGGAGCUGCUCACCCCCCGCGGCUGG